CACUGUCAGUCUCAGCCGUGUUCCCUUCAAUCAACUUGCGCCUUCAUCUAUUCACAUCUUGAAUUACCUCGCAGGCCUUUGUUGGUUCUGUCACUGAUCUCUGACCUUUGUCCUUCUCGACCUCGUUUUUGGCAUCGAAGUUUUCAUCCGACCCUCAAUCUUACACAGCUUUUUGCGCCUAACCAAACUUGCCCCUCGCCCAUCCUUUUUCAUCGACAAUGUCUGCCGAAGAAGAUCUCAUCGACUACUCCGACGAGGAGCUUCAGGCCACCGAAGCGCCAGCCGCUGGUGCGACGAACGGAGCCGCAAAGAAAGGCGACUUGAGUGUCAGUGGCGGAAAAGCAGGAGACAAGGGCAAAGGCAGCUAUGUUGGCAUCCAUUCAACCGGUUUCCGCGACUUCCUGCUCAAGGGCGAACUGCUGCGAGCCAUCACCGACUGCGGUUUCGAACAUCCUUCGGAGGUCCAACAAAAGUGUAUCCCUCAAGCUCUAUUGAGCGUUGACAUUUUGUGUCAAGCCAAGUCAGGUCUUGGUAAGACGGCUGUCUUCGUUUUGACAACCUUGCAUCAGCUUGAGCCAGUCCCAGGAGAGUGUUCAGUCCUGGUCAUGUGCCACACUCGAGAACUGGCCUAUCAAAUCAAGAAUGAAUACGCACGAUUCAGCAAGUACCUUCCAGACGUGAAGACUGCGGUCUUCUAUGGUGGUACUCCCAUUCAAAAGGACAUCGAGCUUCUGAAGAACAAGGAGUCGUUCCCCAACAUCAUUGUUGGUACCCCCGGACGAUUGAAUGCUCUUGUCCGCGACAAGGUCUUGUCUUUGCGGAGUGUCAAGUGCUUCGUUCUCGACGAAUGCGACAAGAUGCUAGACCAGAUUGAUAUGCGCCGUGACGUCCAGGAAAUCUUCCGAUCGACCCCAACCGAGAAACAAGUCAUGAUGUUCAGCGCCACCCUUCCCAAGGAUAUCCGACCAAUCUGCCGCAAGUUCAUGAGAAAUCCUCUUGAGGUCUUUGUGGACGACGAAACCAAACUUACUCUGCACGGUCUCCAACAAUACUCCAUCCGUCUCAGCGAAGGCGAAAAGAACAGGAAGCUCAAUGACCUUCUCGACAGCCUUGAGUUCAAUCAAGUCAUCAUCUUCGUCAGGAGCACCAUUCGAGCCACUGAACUUGACAAGUUGCUUCGCGAAUGCAACUUCCCCAGUAUUGCAGUCCACUCUGGAGUCAGCCAAGAGGAGCGUAUCAAGCGAUACAAGGAAUUCAAAGAGUUCAACAAACGAAUCUGCGUUGCAACCGAUGUGUUUGGUCGUGGUAUCGAUAUCGAGCGUAUCAACUUGGCAAUCAACUACGACUUGCCUCCGGAUGCUGAUUCCUAUCUGCAUCGUGUGGGUCGUGCCGGUCGAUUCGGUACCAAGGGUCUCAGUAUCUCUUUCGUGGCCAGCGAGGAAGACGAGAAGGUGCUACAGCAAAUCGAAGAGCGCUUCCAGGCCAAGGUUCCUCCCUAUCCUGAGGGUGGUGUCGACUCCAGCACCUACAUGGCGUCUUGAGCAAUACGCCCCAUGAUGUCUCUUCGUAGAGAUUCAUCGAGUGUGACAAUAAUGGGGGGGUAUUGGGCUAGGCUGUGAUGGGAUCCCGGGGAAAUUGAAAAUUGGAGCUUUAGAGUGUUGGUGUUUCGACAUUCAAAAAGCUUUCAUGGUUACCAAUGUACUCAAUGUAACACGAUGCUCUUCAUAGCAAUGAAUGUGGCAAAUGAUAGAUGCUGAUACAAUUGUCUCCUGCGCCAGUUCUAUAAAGUUCCG